UUUUGAGAUUCAUCACAGUCAUCACUGCAUCCUCUUCUCUUCUACAACUACAAACACCCACCUCCCAACUCCAAAAAUGAAAUCCUUCAUUGUCUUCGCUCUCUUCGUCGCUGUGGCCGUCGCCGUCCCAGUCGACCCCAAGGACGCCGUCAUCGUCCGUUAUGACAACGACAACAUCGGAGUUGAGGGCUACAACUAUGCUGUAGAGACCAGCGACGGCAAGUCUGCCCAGGAACAGGGUGUGCUCAAGAACGUCGGCUCUGAGAACGAGGCUAUCGAGGUCCGCGGCCAGUUCUCCUACACCGGCCCCGACGGCGUUGUCUACGCCGUCAACUACAUCGCCAACGAGCUCGGCUUCCAGCCCGAGGGUGCUCACCUUCCCAAGGCCCCCCAAUAAGUCUUUUCUCAACUUACUACUCAAUAUCUAGUCUAAACUGACCGAGCAUGCAAGAGAAAUACUGUUACCUAUAUACCCUGACUGAUUGUCUUGUUUUGUUAUAUAACUCUUGCGCAAUACUAGAGGAUAGGAUAGUGAAUAUACUUGUUUGAUUUUAA